GCUCCCCAUUUGUAGCUCGAGUUUUUCAUAAAGACAGAGAGGUCAGCUGAAAAAAAAAAAAAAAAGAAAAAAAAUGAUCAAGUUGAAGUCAAAGAGGUUUUGCAGAGGCAGCUUUAGGUUUGGUAGUGGUGGAAAUGGUGGCAAUGGGAAUGGUAGUAGCAAUGUGAAGGGUGGUGAAAAGGCAUGUGGAAACAACAAUAUUAGUGAAAUCAAAUGGGAACUUAGGCUUGGUGGGAUGCUUGUUCAAAAGAGAGAAACCGGUGGAAGUGUUGGAGAUGGGAUGAUCACUAUCAGAGUCUCAACUGUUUCUCAAUGGCAUGAUAUUUCCAUGGAAGCAACUUCCACUUUUGGGGAAUUGAAGAUGAUUUUGUCCUUGGUAACAAGUUUGGUGCCAAGAGAGCAAAGGCUAUUAUUCAAAGGGAAAGAAAGGGAAGAUGAUGAAUAUUUACACAUGGUUGGAGUUAGAGACAAAGACAAGGUGCUUUUGCUAGAAGAUCCGGCCAUCAAGGAAAUGAAGCUUCAUGGAUUGGCAGGAAGCCAACAAAUUGGCACUGCUUAUCACACCAUAAGUGUAUGACACUGAUUAAAAACAACUAUAUUGUACUCACUAACCACCAAAAAAAGC